UUGCACCGGAGGUCUCGCGCAGCUGUGCAGAGAUGGACAAGAGUCGCGCGGACGCUUCCCAGCGAUUCCCCGAAAUUAUUGAGCUCAAUGUCGGGGGGCAAGUUUACGUUACUCGCCACUCAACUUUACUCUCCGUGCCCAAUACUUUACUUUGGACCAUGUUCAGUCAGAAAAAACCCGCGGAACUUACCACCGACUGCAAAGGCCGCUACUUUUUGGACAGGGACGGCUUUCUGUUCAGAUAUAUUUUGGAUUACUUGCGGGACCAGACUCUGGUUUUGCCCGACUACUUCAAAGAGAAGGCGAGCCUUCUUAAAGAGGCAGAAUAUUUCCAACUUCAAGAGCUGGCAAAGCGCCUGAGACCGGCGGCCAGUAAGGAGAACUCCAUCAGCGAGGAGGUGUGCCAGAGCGACCCGGAGGAGGCUGCGCUCGCCGGCAUGAGUAUCUCCAGCACCGGCCCUCGCUCUCCGUCCCUGGACGCGAGGAAGUCAGGCUACAUAACCAUCGGGUACAGGGGCUCCUAUACCAUAGGACGAGACAUCCAACAAGACGCCAAAUUUCGACGGGUGGCGAGAAUCACCGUGUGCGGAAAAACAUCGCUCGCCAAAGAAGUUUUCGGGGAGACGCUGAACGAGAGCAGAGACCCCGACAGACUCCCGGAGAGAUACACUUCUCGGUAUUACCUCAAGUAUAAUUUCCUGGAGCAAGCCUUUGACAGGCUGGCGGAGGUGGGCUUCCACAUGGUCGCGUGUAGUUCCACGGGCACCUGCGCGUACGCGAGUAACGACCCCAACGAGGACAAAAUCUGGACGAGUUACACCGAGUACGUUUUUUGCAGAGACUGAAGUGGACUCACUUUUGGAAACGUUUUAUCUAACACUUUUUUUUUUGGACACUCAUCUUUCCUUUUGUUGCGCACCAAGAAUGUGUCGUUUUUUUUCCUCCAAAAUCGCUGGGCAGACGUUUUGUGCAUAUUGUGUGUGUGUUUGUGAGAGAGAGAGUAAUAAUUAAAUAAUAUCUGAUCUUCAAAGUCUGUUCCCAAAAUUCAAACAACCACUGAUAGCAGUUUUCAGUAUUUCAACACAGUAGGUUUUGACUGUAGGAAGCACACUCUCAAUGAUACGACCUUUUUAAGUCAAACUUUAUAACACUUACGUUCUUUACAUUUUGUGAUAUUAAAAGUUCAUUAAAUUCCUGCAUUUAAAAGUUUCCUCAUAUGAGAUUAAGUUUUUUUAUUAUUAUUUAUUUACUUUCUUCUUCUUCUUCUUCUUUUACUGAGAGUACAGUACAUCAAUAAGCUAUAUCACAACAGUAAAAUAAAAUGUCAUCCCAGUAGUAAAAUAGCAACCUGUUCCACAAUGAGUAAACAUAUACUUCCCUUCCCUCUGAUUUUCACUGAACAGUCACAUUAAAUUUGUGUUUUUUGUAUUUGCACUACUAUGUAUCUUUUUUAUUAUUCUUAGCCAAGAUGUCUGUCAGCUUCACACACAAUAAACUUAUCAUGAAAGACAAA